GUUUUUUCACUGUCGUCGUUUUUAAGCUCGUUAUAAAUCAAACAACUGAAAAAUGUUUGUUUUCUUUCAGUCACUGAAGAGUUUCUCACGUCUUAAAGCUCUUCUUCUCUCAUUUGUCAUGUUUUUUGUUUCUUACCUGCCCGAACGCAGCGCUGCAGAAACACAGCAGAGCCGCGGCAAACAGCCCCACUGCGCUGCUCAUCAUGCACGUUGGUGACCGCUUUCUGCAAACCACAGAAAAAGAUAAUUAUCAGGAUUUUCACCUCACAAACCAAGCUUCUCCAGUCGAAUUGCUCCAAAGCUGGCAGACAGUGAAAAUCCCGACUCCUCUCUCGCGUUUCCAGAUGAUGACACAAAGGGCACAAAGGACACACACACACAGGACAAUGCCCGCCUCGCUCAGUUAGUAAAAGAGGAGUAAAUGUUUGCUCUUCUGUUUGCCCUCCCACAUGUCCAGUCAAUACAUCAGUCCAUUUCAGAGGCAAAGGCAACGGAAGCAAGACGCCAAACUUCCUCUCAUUACGCUCUGAAUCAGACAUAAAGUCACGUCUAAAAACACAGAUUUGAAUUUGUCUGUGACGUUUGUGUUUACAGGAUCGCUGCGGUUUUUGAGUCGGUUUUACUUGCAACUUUGUCCUCGUCGACCUUUAACCCCAGCCACUCUGAUUUCCCCACCAACUAUCCGUCAAACAAGGAGAGCUCCCACCACCAAGAUCAACAGAUUACGAAAUCUUUUCUGUGGAUCUGCCCCCAGUUUGCCUGUUUACAGUUCAUAAGUCCCUUCUGCACCAUUUAGAUUUAAAACAUACUGUGAAGUAUAAGAUUACUGGGAAAUGUGGUAAAUUAAAGGAGCUUAAUUCUUCUGAAGAAGUUCUAGUUGGGAUUUAAGAUGCUGCAGAAUCUGAUUUUUGGUUUUAUUUUUGGUGUGAUUCAAAAAACAAAGAUUUCUUUGUAUUCCUCCAUGUCUGGUGUGUUUGAGAUGUUUAAAAAGAUAUAAUUUAAAGCUUACACUGCAAAACACAAACUUUUAACAAGUAUUUUUGGUCUAGUUUCUAGAGCAAAUGUCUGAAAUAAUACAACACUAACCCGUUGUGGCCAGCAGCAAAAGAAUCACGUCUCAGAGCGUUAUUUGUUUACCUAUAUAUUUAAGAGUUUAGCAUCUUUCAGUUCUCCAACAGUUUCUACUUUUAUUUUCUGUGAUUUAAGCAUUAUGCAUUGGGGCUUUUUAGUGUGUGUGAGCAUUUUAGAGUUUCUUUCAGCUCCUGUACUAUUUCCCUUAAAUUUAAUCAGCAUUUUAACAUCAUUUUGUAGGUAUUCAAGUUUUAUUGAUUGUUUGGAACAUUUAAGUUGGACAAAAAACCAAAAGUAGAAUAAAUAUGGUACUUUUAAGUAUAUUAUUAAGUUAAAUCUGACAAAAGAAAUCAAACAAGAACCAACUUUCUCUUCAUACAACAAGCUGAUGCUUUCUGUCUCUUGCCUCUCUAACGAGGAGAGUUUGCUAAGCCCAUUUAAAGACAAAGGGAAAACCGGCGUUAAAUUUGACAUGUUUAUUUUUACCGUUUAUUGAGUUCACGUUCACACCUUGCAUUACAAUUUCUCAUCCAUAAUUUACUCAUUAAAUGGAAAAUUCAGAUGAUGCAGACACACCUUUCAACUGACUUUGUGCUUCUGCGGUCUCUCUUCUUAAGCCUCAUAAGUGUUGAGCUGCUCUCGCAUUUACGAAGCAAACCACAGCUGCACUUCCUAUCUGUCUCCUAUCUACCGUCACAUUUCUUCUCUAACCAUGCAGCUAAAUUUCCAUAUGAGCAUUCAGGUCAUUUUUCUUUUAAUUGCUUUUCUUCCAGGUCUCCACCUACAGAGGAACAGCAGCACUAAGGAGAUUUUCUGCAGGCCUGUUCUUCAACAGAAAGAAACCAUUCCCACACCUGGAAGCUACAUGGUGAGAAAUCAAGCUGGGCAGCCGUGCAUUAAAGCCAACAUGGGAGCAGAGUAUGUUGUUAUCGAAAACAAGACAAACUGGUAUUUCAGCAUUGAUCCGUCCAGGGUUGUGUUGAAAGGUGAAUGCAGCAAAGACGAAGCUCUUCUCUCCCUCAGGCUGCCGGAUAAUUCUGCACGUCUGGAAUUCACCUUCAGAAAAGAUAAACACAAUUUCUACGUCAUCAAACUGGAGGCUCAAUUGUUCCCUCUCCCUGUUUGCAAAGGAUGCCCGAAUAAAACAUAUUCUGGGUUUCUGUCUAACCAGAUGCUUUUCAAAGCAGCAAAUGACAAAAGUUUCAAGUGUGCAUCAGAGUCCCUCCUUUCGGUUUCCUCUGAGCUGCGGAUCAAGUUGGUUUAUCUGCAGAUGCAGGCCUUCAGUGUUCCUGAUGGGCAGUUCAGAGAAGAGGUUGAGUGCUGGGCUGAUUUUAAUCACAGAGCGGUUCCCGUCAUCAUCGGGUCCAUAGCAACUGGAAUCAUCCUGAGCGUCGUGCUGAGCUUCCUGUUCAUCAGAGAUCGCCACGCAGCAGGAUAUGAGAGGCUCUGAACUUAAUGUUUCACUUUUUGAACUCUCUAAAUGUAUAAAAUGUAAACAAAAACCUUUACAGUUUUGUUUUAAAUCAGUGUUUAUGUUUCUGUCACUCAAGUAUUUUUAUUUAUUGUUGUUGCUCAAUUUCAACGAGCAGAUAUUGCCUCAUGUAAAGCAUAUUAUUGCAUUUUUUUUCAACUCACCUUUUGAAUAAAAGGAAAACUUUAUAUAAGAACAUUAAACUGAAAGCCAAAUUCA